UGCAACUAUCUGAAAGACUAAACUUUGUGCUUUUUGUCUAUCUGAAGUGUUAAGAGUAGCAUGGUUAUGAUGUUUCUUUGCACAUAACAAUAGUUUCGUGAUUGAAGUGCUUUUAUUUCCUUAUUAAUUCUUUUUUUCUUUACUGUUAACUUGGUUAUAUCUCAUAGUUAGCCAUCCAUUGCCAUUUAAUUUUUGAAACAGACCGUGAAUUUUUCUCUGAGUUUGAUUUUGACUAUGAUUCCGAUAUAGCAAAAGAAUAUGGGCGCCUGGUACACUGCCGUCACUAACUGGUUUUGGUGGUUUUGUUUAGAAUUGCAAAAAUUGGACAUCAGGCUCCGUAACAUAUUUUUCUAGUUAAAUACAAAUGGGUUCAGAGAUUGAAACAACCGAGCAGAGAGUAAAGUCUUUUAUUGUUCAGCUCCAAACAGAAUGUGGGAUUCUUGAGAGAAUUGUCUACAAAAACAAAAAUCAACAUAGAAGAUGUUCUUACUUUCAAUAUCUUCUAAAGGUUAGAAGGGAUUUAAAGCUUCUGAAAUCAGCAAGUAUGGAGGAGAUUUUGAAUGCCUGUUUUCUCAUAAUCAAUGGGAAUAGACCUAAGCAAAAGGUGCAGCUUUUGGAAAGUUUGAAGAGGAAAAGGUGUGAUAGUGGAAAGUAUAAUGUUCUGGAGCGGCUUUUAGGAGUUGCACGCCUAUUGUCACAGAUGGUUGAGCCAAUGAUGAAGGCUGCUAUGGAGGUAUCCAAGCUGCUUGCUCGAUCAUUUUUCAUGGGAUUUUCAGUAACAAUGUUAGCUGUGCUUGCACGCCUUCGAGUAUUGGUUCAACAAAUUCUUCUGGAUGUUGUUCAUGUGUUCAAUACUGUCUCCUCUCUUUCUCAAAAGGAACAAACUAUAAAAUUAAAUCAAAAAGGAUUCGAGGUUUUUAGAGAAUAUCAUCCAGCCAAAGAGCAAGCUAAUACUUUUCUAGAAUGCGUUUGGCAGACAGACAAGUAUCUCCUAGUUGAGAGGACGAAUACAAGUGAAAGUGAAAGCCAAGAAAAGGGUAUCGUGGAAGAUGUCUCUUUAAGGUCUUCCAAAAUACUAUAUGAAAAUAUUGAGGUUUUACUUGGAGUCGAUAACCCCGGUACAAUGGAUACUGAGCAUGUUUCGGAAGAAGGCCCGAUUCAAGAAGUGAAUACUAGAUCUUUGGUAAAUGGUGACGAAAAGCAGGCGGAAGUUGCCUCGGGUACUCCAGGCCCGUCUAGUGGGAAUACAGUUUCUCUCGAAGAACCCUCUACCCGUAUUGAAAGAAACAGUAACAUUUCGUCACCAGUAAAAGUAGCCAAGAUUAACCAUGAAAAAAAGCGGGUUGAAAGUUAUUCAAAUGAUACAUUGUUUUCUUCAGAAGCUGCAUUGCCCACAAGUUCGACUGCAUCUCUGAGUCCAUGCCCUGUAAAAGUUAAAACUGCAACGAAGAAGGUGGCGUUUGUAUCCAUCAAACGGUCAGUACCAUCACCGUCCGACCAAUCAGGUUUCAACGGAGAAAGAACAGAGAAGAAUGACAGACACAAAGAAGAUUCGUUUUUCAAUCUACUUUCCGCUGGAAAUCAAAAUAAUAGUCUCUUCUAAGUAGUAAUAAUCAUCCAAGAAUUUUGCCUUUAUUUUUCAUUUUCUUUGUAAAGAUGUACUCUUUAAUUCCAACAUUAGAAUUGGAAAAUUUUGAAAUGAUGUUUAAUUAUGAUAAUUUCCU